UUGACCGAAGACAUGAAACCAUCUUCUCCUAUAAAUGGCUCCCAACCUGCUGUCCUCUGUGCAUAAUCAGAUUCAUUCUCCUCUUCGUUGUUUAGGGCUCUCAAUCCCUUGCAAAAGGGUUCAUCCCACCUUUCCUUCAUUCCCAUCAAAUUUCCUACCUUUCCUUUGCAUUUCCCCUUUCCUAUUGAAGAACCUCCCUCUCCCUCUCUCUCUCUCUGAAAAUGAAGUUUGUUGGGGAGAAGAGAUUUGCUUUAUUCUUAGCAGGUAGAGAUUCUGAUCAUGUGAAGAAAGUGUAUGGUGGGUACUACAAUGUGUUUGUUGAUGCAUUUGGAGAAGAAGGAGAGCAGUGGGACUUGUUUAGGGUGGUAGAUGGAGAGUUUCCAGACAAAGAAGAGCUUCACAAGUAUCAUGGGUUUGUGAUUAGUGGGAGCCCUUCUGAUGCUCAUGGAAAUGAUCCCUGGAUCUUGAAACUCUGCUUGUUGUUGCAGAAUCUGUAUGCCAUGGAGAAGGAAGUGCUUGGAAUAUGUUUUGGCCACCAAGUGUUGUGCAGAGCUUUGGGUGGGAAGGUAGGGAGGUCUUAUACUGGUUGGGAUAUUGGGUUGAGGAAAGUAAAGCUGAUGCAGGAUUUGCAAGCACAUACUGUUUUUGGUUGCUUAACAGAAAUCCCAACAUUCCUUUCCAUCAUCCAGUGUCAUCAAGAUGAGGUAUGGGAGAUCCCUGCUGGAGCUGAGUUGAUUGCCUCCUCAGAUAAGACAAGAAUAGAGAUGUUCACUCUUGGAGACCAUAUAUUAGGCAUUCAAGGUCACCCAGAAUACACCAAAGACAUUCUAUAUGACAUCAUUGAUCGUCUUGUCAAAAACAACAAGAUAGAGAAAGAGUUCGCUGAAGACACAAAAUCAAGACUUGAGGUGGCUGAACCAGAUAGGAAGACAUGGGAGAAGAUUUGCAGGAACUUUCUCAGGGGAAGAUAGAUCUUAUUACCCGCAUCAUUGGGUUUGUAGUAAUCCUUUUGAAUUUCAUGCAAGAGAUUGUAAACAAGUCGUUUACUCUUUUUCAAGGACAAAUAACAAGCAACAAUGUUGGCUUA